AUGAUUGAUGUGGAUGAAUAUAAGGCCAGAGACAAUUUUCCUGACCAGUCUUUAAGACUUCAUUAUGACUUUUAUCUAUAGGAUGACGAAAUCGAGAUGGUAGAUGCUGACAUGGACAUUGAUGCGGGUGAAAAGAAAGAUCCCCUUGCCGAGUACAAGGAUGAUUUGUACGUGUACUGCAAGGAUGUAGAGAUUUCUUUUUGCGCUCCACCAAACUACAUGAGCAGUCAACUUGAUAUCAAUGAAAGAAUGCGACGGGUUCUGAUUGACUGGUUAAUUGAGGUACAUGACAAGUUCAGUUUGAGGCCGGAGACCCUAUAUUUGACUGUCAAUCUGAUGGACAGGUUCUUAGCUGUUCAACAAAUCACAAGGAAAAAGUUGCAGCUGGUUGGGGUCACCGCAAUGCUUAUUGCAAGCAAAUAUGAAGAAAUCUCAGCACCUUCUGUCGAAGAUCUCAUCUCGAUAACUGACAGAGCCUUCACCAGAACUGAGGUUCUUCAAAUGGAGAUUUUGAUGGUCAACAAGCUUCAGUUUGACCUUUCCAUUCCAACUGUGUAUGUAUUUGUGAGGAGGUUCCUGGAAGCUGCCAAAUCUGGCAAUGAGAUGGAGCGCCUUGCAUUUUAUAUGAUCGACCUUUGCCUGGUCGAGUAUCAGAUGCUCAAGUUUCCACCAUCUAUGUUAGCAGCAGCUGCUGUUUUCACUGCGCAGUGUACUCUCGGGAAGGCAGCUGAAUGGAGCACGCUGAGCGAGCAACUUACAGAUUACAAGAAUCAUGAACUAAAGGAAUGCUCGCAGCUGAUGGUUGGAUUUCAUCGCAGGGCCGCGGCAGGCAAAGUAACAGCUGUUUUCAGGAAGUACAACUCGUACAAAUAUGGAUAUGCUGCAAGCGCAGAGCCUGCACAUUUUCUGUUGGAUCCUUCCAUUUCAUCUGUUUUGUCUAGCCAUCGGGCGGCAACCUGAGUCCAGGAAGCCAACAACGCCGACCCGCAACGGCACCGUUUCAAUCCCCCCGUUCCUCGAACCCCGGAAUCC